AUGGCAUGUGAGUCGUUACGGGUGGAACAAGUUGAUGCGAAAAUUUUGGAUGGCGAAUACCAACAGUUGCUAGAACAACAGCUUGGACAACUCAUCAGGGAGCUACCGAUCACAAUCGGCCAUACAUGUGAACGGAUAAGGCCUGAGAUUCAAUUGCUGAUUGACGCAUUAAUAUGGACAAACAGAUUUUACAGAGAAAGUAUGCUAAGGAAGUAUGUCAAGAUGAUUAACAUCAUUCACUACUUGAAUUUUCUUUGCGUUGGUGGUCACAGUACAUUCAUCGAAUCGCUGCUGAAGCUCAGAAACUGGAACAUGCAUCUUCCUACUAUUGGCACAAUCAACUACGAUUCACAGAAUAGAGAACUAAUGUGGCACACGUUCCGUGACGCACUGCUUUUGUUGUGGCCUGCUAUAGCGAUCAUCUCUACAAAGUGGCAAACACGAACUGGUAAUGGAGUGGUGCAAACGAUGGAGGUGGCGUUGAAAUGCGGAAGAUGCGGUCAAGCCGCUGUGGCGCCAAUGCGCUUUGGCGGCUGUGGCCACGUUGCCUGCUACUGGUGCGUCAUGUCACGGAUACCAACGGAAUCUGUCAGAUGUGCUACUUGUGGGGAAGAGACGUUGCAGGUGACCCCAGUGCGAGGACACGCUUUCCUAUAG